AUGAACCUGGGAGAAAUAUGUGUCUCCAUCUCUAUUCUAAGAUAUCCUACCAACAAAAAUUUCUUACAAAACAUUCAAAAUGAAAUCACUUACCAAGUUAAUCGUCUGAAAUCCCAUGCAUCCAUUGCCCUAUGGUCUGCUAACAAUGAAAAUGAAGCUAGUAUUAGUAAACGAUACAGUGGCUACCACAUUCCCGAUGCAGAACGUCCAAAAUACGAAGAGGAUUAUCGUCUACUCUAUGCCCGUACCAUUAUGCCUCUCGUUCAAACACUCGAUCCAACACGUCCCUUCCUCCUGUCUUCACCAUCAAACGGUUGGGAAACUGUAAAGGAAAAUUAUAUUGCCGAUGAUCCACAAUCACCUGUAUUUGGUGAUGUUCACUAUUACAAUGAUAAAGUUGAUCCAUGGAAUUAUACUUUUUUCCCGAUAACACGUUUUCUAUCGGAAACAGGUCUACAGUCAAUGGCGAGCUUAGAAACUCUAUUACAAAUUACAAAUGAUACAAAGGAGUUAGCAUUUGAAAGUCCACUGAUGAGACAUCGACAACAUAAUAUUAGAGAUGGACAGAAACAGAUGCUGUGA